GGCAGGCCUAGCAGCACGGGAACCGUCCCCUGCGCGCAUGCGCGCGCCCCUGAAGCGCCCAGGGGACGGAUAUGGGCGGGAGGAAGGGGCGCGGCUUCGCGUGCCUGUUGGGUGUCCGCGCGUCACGUGAUGAGGAAGGAGGCGGAGGUCCGAGUUUCGAGGGAGGGGGAAGAGAAGAGAGAACGAGCGAGGGAAGGAAAGCGGGGAAGGGAGGAAGGAAACGAACGAGGGGGAGGGAGGUCCCUGUUUUGGAGGAGCUAGGAGCGUUGCCGGCCCCUGAAGUGGAGCGAGAGGGAGGUGCUUCGCCGUUUCUCCUGCCAGGGGAGGUCCCGGCUUCCCCUGGAGGCUCCGGACCAAGCCCCUUCAGCUUCUCCCUCCGGAUCGAUGUGCUGCUGUUAACCCGUGAGGAGGCGGCGGCAGCGGAAGAUGGUGUUGCUGAGAGUGUUAAUUCUGCUCCUCUCCUGGGCGGCGGGGAUGGGAGGUCAGUAUGGGAAUCCUUUAAAUAAAUAUAUUAGACAUUAUGAAGGAUUAUCUUACAAUGUGGAUUCGUUACACCAAAAACACCAGCGUGCCAAAAGAGCAGUCUCACAUGAGGACCAGUUUUUACGUCUAGAUUUCCAUGCCCAUGGAAGACAUUUCAACCUACGAAUGAAGAGGGACACUUCCCUUUUCAGUGAUGAAUUUAAAGUAGAAACAUCAAAUAAAGUACUUGAUUAUGAUACCUCUCAUAUUUACACUGGACAUAUUUAUGGUGAAGAAGGAAGUUUUAGCCAUGGGUCUGUUAUUGAUGGAAGAUUUGAAGGAUUCAUCCAGACUCAUGGUGGCACAUUUUAUGUUGAGCCAGCAGAGAGAUAUAUUAAAGACCGAACUCUGCCAUUUCACUCUGUCAUUUAUCAUGAAGAUGAUAUUAACUAUCCCCAUAAAUAUGGUCCUCAGGGGGGCUGUGCAGAUCAUUCAGUAUUUGAAAGGAUGAGGAAAUACCAGAUGACUGGUGUAGAGGAAGUAACACAGAUACCUCAAGAAGAACAUGCUGCUAAUGGGCCAGAACUCCUGAGGAAAAAACGUACAACUUCAGCUGAAAGAAAUACUUGUCAGCUUUACAUUCAGACUGAUCAUUUGUUCUUUAAGUAUUACGGAACACGAGAAGCUGUGAUUGCCCAGAUAUCCAGUCAUGUUAAAGCGAUUGAUACAAUUUACCAGACCACAGACUUCUCCGGAAUCCGCAACAUCAGUUUCAUGGUGAAACGCAUAAGAAUCAAUACAACUGCUGAUGAAAAGGACCCUACAAAUCCUUUCCGUUUCCCAAAUAUUGGUGUGGAGAAGUUUCUGGAAUUGAAUUCUGAGCAGAAUCAUGAUGACUACUGUUUGGCCUAUGUCUUCACAGACCGAGAUUUUGAUGAUGGCGUACUUGGCCUGGCUUGGGUUGGAGCACCUUCAGGAAGCUCUGGAGGAAUAUGUGAAAAAAGUAAACUCUAUUCAGAUGGUAAGAAGAAGUCCUUAAACACUGGAAUUAUUACUGUUCAGAACUAUGGGUCUCAUGUACCUCCCAAAGUCUCUCACAUUACUUUUGCUCAUGAAGUUGGACAUAACUUUGGAUCCCCACAUGAUUCUGGAACAGAGUGCACACCAGGAGAAUCUAAGAAUUUAGGACAAAAAGAAAAUGGGAAUUACAUCAUGUAUGCAAGAGCAACAUCUGGGGACAAACUUAACAACAAUAAAUUCUCACUCUGUAGUAUUAGAAAUAUAAGCCAAGUUCUUGAGAAGAAGAGAAACAACUGUUUUGUUGAAUCUGGCCAACCUAUUUGUGGAAAUGGAAUGGUAGAACAAGGUGAAGAAUGUGAUUGUGGUUAUAGUGACCAGUGUAAAGAUGAAUGCUGCUUUGAUGCAAAUCAAGAAGGGAAAAAAUGCAAACUGAAACCUGGGAAACAGUGCAGUCCAAGUCAAGGUCCUUGUUGUACUGCAUACUGUGCAUUUAAGUCAAAGUCUGAGAAAUGUCGGGAUGAUUCAGACUGUGCAAGGGAAGGAAUAUGUAAUGGCUUCACAGCUCUCUGCCCAGCAUCUGACCCUAAACCAAACUUCACAGACUGUAAUAGGCAUACACAAGUGUGCAUUAAUGGGCAAUGUGCAGGUUCUAUCUGUGAGAAAUAUGGCUUAGAGGAGUGUACCUGUGCCAGUUCUGAUGGCAAAGAUGAUAAAGAAUUAUGCCAUGUAUGCUGUAUGAAGAAAAUGGACCCAUCAACUUGUGCCAGUACAGGGUCUGUGCAGUGGAGCAAGCACUUCAGUGGUCGAACCAUCACCCUGCAACCUGGAUCCCCUUGCAAUGAUUUUAGAGGUUACUGUGAUGUUUUCAUGCGGUGCAGAUUAGUAGAUGCUGAUGGUCCUCUAGCUAGGCUUAAGAAAGCAAUUUUUAGUCCAGAGCUCUAUGAAAACAUUGCUGAAUGGAUUGUGGCUCAUUGGUGGGCAGUAUUACUUAUGGGAAUUGCUCUGAUCAUGCUAAUGGCUGGAUUUAUUAAGAUAUGCAGUGUUCAUACUCCAAGUAGUAAUCCAAAGUUGCCUCCUCCUAAACCACUUCCAGGCACUUUAAAGAGGAGGAGACCUCCACAGCCCAUUCAGCAACCCCAGCGGCAGAGGCCCCGAGAGAGUUAUCAAAUGGGACACAUGAGACGUUAACUGCAGCUUUUGCCUUGGUUCUUCCUAGUGCCUACAAUGGGAAAACUUCACUCCAAAGAGAAACCUAUUAAGUCAUCAUCUCCAAACUAAACCCUCACAAGUAAACAUGAAGAAAAAAUGGCAAGAGAUCAUGUCCUCAGACCAGGUGGAAUUACUUAAAUUUUAAAGCCUGAAAAUUGCAAUUUGGGGUUGGGAGGUGGAAAAGGAACCCAAUUUUCUUAUGAACAAAUAUUUUUAACCUAAUGGCACAAAGUCUUAGAAUAUUAUUAUGUGCCCCGUGUUCCCUGUUCUUCGUUGCUGCAUUUUCUUCACUUGCAGGCAAACUUGGCUCUCGAUAAACUUUUACCACAAAUUGAAAUAUAUAUAUUUUUUUCAACUGCCAAUCAAGGCUAGGAGGCUCGACCACCUCAACAUUGGAGACAUCACUUGCCAAUGUACAUACCUUGUUAUAUGCAGACAUGUAUUUCUUACGUACACUGUACUUCUGUGUGCAAUUGUAAACAGAAAUUGCAAUAUGGAUGUUUCUUUGUAUUAUAAAAUUUUUCCGCUCUUAAUGAAAAAUUACUGUUUAAUUGACAUACUCAGGAUAACAGAGAAUGGUGGUAUUCAAUGGUCCAGGAUUCUGUAAUGCUUUACACAGGCAGUUUUGAAAUGAAAAUCAAUUUACCUUUUUCUUAUAAUGGAGUUGGUUUUGAUACUUAUUUUUUCUUUAUCACAUGGCUGCUAUGGGCACAGGUGACUAUGCUGAAGAACACAGUUAAGUGUCGUGCAAACUGGAUAUAGCAGCAUACUACGUCAGAGUUCAUUAUGUAAAUGUCUGGUUUCUGCUUACAUAUUUUAAACUUUCUAAUUAAAUUCCAUUUUUGACUUGGUAGGUGAAAUUUUAUUCAUGCUUUGAUAGAAAUUAUGUCAAUGAAAUGAUUCUUUUUAUUUGUA